AUGGGUUGCCUGGGGAGGAAGACCCUGCCUUUGUUCCUUAUUUUUGUGUCUAUAUAUUUACAUGGGGUUUUAUUGCAGAAAGCUGCCUUAACAGGGCCAAGAAGACCGUAUUUUGAGAGGCUCCAUAGACUGGAAGAGCAGAUUCGGAGAUUCCAAGAGAUGACCUUGACGCACCUGCAGAACAUUGCCAGACAUUUCAACAUGUCCUAUGACAUGGACUACCAGUUCCAGAGUCUGGUGAAAGAGAACCAGGCCAUGGCCCUGGCCAUCAACCGGUCCCAGGCGGCCAUGCAGGGGCAGCUGGCAGACCUCAAAACUUGGAUGAGGAAGACCCAGCACAGAAGCCGGAAGGUGGAAGCCAGGCUGCAGUCCUUGGACCUGGCCCUGAGUGAGAAGAGCAAGCAGCAGGCUCAAGAGAGCAAGAUUGGGCAGGAAGCCCUGUGGGACACACUGAAUCGCCUGACACACCUCGCCCACAGCCAGGCCACCAGGCUGGCCACUCUCGAGCAGCAGCUGCAGAUCACCAAGCUUGGCACCACAGCUGUGGGGCCGACCAUGGCCCCAGCCACAACCCUGGCCCAGUCUGAUUGGCCAAGCCCACGAUGUCUGAUGCACCAGGGGGGUGGGCAGGUGCUCAGAGCUCCUGCUGAACACAGGAGCCCCUCUCAGGACACUGCCUGUGCCUGUCUGCAGGGGACGCAGGAGGCCACAGCCCCACGGGGUCAGGAACGAGGAGAGAUUGGCAUCGGGGGUCCCGUGCUCAUUUUCCCGAAUGCCUCUAUCGAGAACGUGGUCUUCCUCAGUCCGAGCUUCCUCACGACCCUGCGAGCCCUGUCCAUCUGUAGUUGGGUGCGCACGGAUUCUGGCCGCCUGGGCACCCUCCUCUCCUAUGCCACAGAGGACAAUGACAACAAGCUAGUGCUGCAUGGCUGGGAUUCCAUGUCACCAGGCUCCGUCCACUUUGUGAUUGGAGACCCGGACUUCAGGGUGCUGCCCCUGUAUCCACUGCUGGACAAUCGCUGGCACCACAUCUGUGUCAUCUGGAUGUCUGUCCAGGGCAGGUACUGGCUCUACGUGGACCGCAGGCUCUUGGCCACCGGUUCCCACUUCAGGGAGGGCUAUGAGAUCCCUCCUGGGGGAUCCCUGGUGCUGGGCCAGGAGCAAGAUAGUGUGGGGGGUGGGUUCGACAGCUCUGAGGCCUUCGUGGGGAGGGUGUCUGGCUUGGCAAUCUGGGACCGGGCGCUGGUCCCUGGGGAAGUUGCAGACCUUGCCACUGGGAAAUCACUCCCAACAGGAGCCAUCCUGACACUGGCCAAUGCCACGUUGGCGGGUGGAUUCGUACAGAGGACCUAUUGCCUCUGCCUGGAGUGCUGUCCCUGA